GAGCCGUUUCCCUGAGGCCGGUGUGCUGCAGGGGAGGGGUGUGGGAGGAAGAAGAGCUUGACUAGCCGUCGCUGUUGCCGCUGCGUUCUUCGCGACUGCUAUGACCCUCGGGCGAGGCUCCCUGCUCAGCUCCGCGCCACGCUAGUUUGCGGCCUUGCGCCCGCCGUAGCCGCCUGGGCACCCAGGGCGGCCGCUCCCGCGGCUCCUUAGAGCUCCUCUAGCGCCGCCGGCUAGGCGAGGCAGAGGCAGGAUGAAGAUGACGGUAGAUUUCGAGGAGUGUCUGAAAGACUCGCCCCGCUUCAGGGCUGCUUUGGAAGAAGUAGAAGGAGAUGUGGCAGAAUUAGAACUAAAACUUGAUAAGCUUGUGAAGCUUUGUAUUGUGAUGAUUGAUACUGGAAAAGCCUUUUGUGUUGCAAAUAAACAGUUCAUGAAUGGGAUUCGAGAUCUGGCACAAUAUUCUAGUAAUGAUGCUGUAGUUGAGACAAGUUUGACCAAGUUUUCUGACAGCCUUCAAGAAAUGAUAAAUUUUCAUACAAUCCUAUUUGACCAAACUCAGAGAUCCAUUAAGGCCCAGCUUCAGAACUUUGUUAAAGAAGAUCUUAGAAAAUUCAAAGAUGCCAAGAAGCAAUUUGAAAAAGUCAGUGAAGAGAAAGAAAAUGCAUUAGUAAAAAAUGCUCAAGUACAGAGAAACAAACAGCAUGAAGUUGAAGAAGCCACAAACAUUCUGACGGCAACAAGAAAAUGUUUUCGACACAUAGCCCUCGACUACGUACUUCAGAUUAAUGUCCUUCAAUCAAAAAGAAGAUCAGAAAUCCUAAAAUCAAUGUUAUCGUUUAUGUAUGCCCACUUAGCCUUCUUUCAUCAAGGAUAUGAUCUAUUUAGUGAACUUGGGCCCUACAUGAAGGAUCUUGGUGCACAGUUGGAUCAACUGGUUGUGGAUGCGGCAAAAGAAAAAAGAGAGAUGGAGCAAAAACAUUCCACCAUUCAACAAAAGGAUUUCUCCAGUGAUGAUUCUAAGUUAGAAUAUAAUGUAGAUGCUGCAAAUGGCAUUGUAAUGGAAGGAUAUCUGUUCAAACGAGCCAGCAACGCCUUCAAAACUUGGAACAGGAAAAAGCCCGAUCAUAUCAGACGCUGGUUUUCAAUACAGAACAAUCAGUUGGUUUACCAGAAAAAGUUUAAGGAUAAUCCUACUGUGGUAGUGGAAGAUCUAAGGCUCUGCACAGUGAAACAUUGUGAAGACAUAGAACGGAGAUUCUGCUUUGAGGUGGUCUCCCCGACAAAAAGUUGCAUGCUUCAGGCAGAUUCUGAAAAAUUGCGCCAGGCAUGGAUUAAGGCUGUUCAGACCAGUAUUGCUACUGCUUAUAGAGAGAAGGGUGAUGAAUCGGAGAAGCUGGAUAAGAAAUCAUCUCCAUCCACAGGAAGUUUGGAUUCUGGAAAUGAGCCAAAAGAUAAAUUAUUGAAAGGAGAAAGUGCACUGCAGCGAGUCCAGUGUAUCCCUGGCAAUGCCAGCUGCUGUGACUGUGGUCUGGCAGACCCACGGUGGGCCAGCAUCAAUCUGGGCAUCACCUUGUGUAUCGAGUGUUCUGGGAUUCAUCGGAGUCUUGGAGUUCAUUUUUCAAAAGUACGUUCUUUAACUUUAGACACCUGGGAGCCUGAACUUUUAAAGCUUAUGUGUGAGUUGGGGAAUGAUGUUAUAAAUCGAGUUUAUGAAGCUAAAGUGGAAAAGAUGGGAAUAAAGAAACCACAACCAGGACAAAGACAGGAGAAAGAGGCAUAUAUCAGAGCAAAAUAUGUGGAGAAGAAAUUUGUGGAUAAGUAUUCUACAUUAUCAUCACCUCCUGAGCAGGAAAAAAAGAUUGUCCCCAAAAGUUGCGAAGAAAAGAGGCUGAGCAUUUCUAAACUUGGGCCAGGUGACCAAAUGAAAGCAUCUCCCCCAAGUUCAGUCAAAAGUAAUGACAGUGGAAUCCAGCAGAGCUCUGAUGAUGGAAGAGAAUCUUUACCCUCUACAGUUUCAGCCAAUAGUUUAUAUGAGCCUGAGGGAGAAAGACAAGAUUCUUCCGUGUUUCUUGACUCUAAACAUCUUAAUCCAGGACUCCAGCUUUAUAGGGCUUCAUAUGAAAAAAAUCUUCCUAAAAUGGCUGAAGCUCUGGCUCAUGAUGCAGAUGUGAACUGGGCUAAUUCAGAGGAAAACAAAGCAACGCCACUUAUUCAGGCUGUGUUAGGGGGCUCUUUGGUGACAUGCGAGUUUCUCCUACAGAAUGGUGCUAAUGUAAACCAAAGAGAUGUACAAGGGCGGGGACCACUGCACCAUGCCACUGUCUUAGGGCACACAGGGCAGGUAUGUUUAUUUCUAAAACGAGGGGCCAAUCAACAUGCCACUGAUGAAGAAGGGAAAGACCCUUUGAGUAUAGCUGUGGAAGCAGCCAAUGCUGAUAUAGUGACCUUGUUACGUUUAGCAAGAAUGAAUGAAGAGAUGCGGGAAUCAGAAGGACUUUAUGGACAGCCAGGUGAUGAAACUUAUCAGGACAUUUUUCGUGAUUUUUCCCAAAUGGCAUCCAAUAAUCCAGAGAAAUUAAAUCGUUUCCAGCAAGAUUCACAGAAAUUCUGAAUUUUUUUAAGAAGGGGAAAAUAUUAAAUCUGGUGACUUCCUAAUGUAUACAUCUGAAAACUCACAAAUUUUUACUACUUUAAUUCUAUUUAAUUUUAGUAGCUAUUGAGUGGUUUGGGAAAUAGUCACCCAUUCAUUGAUACAAAGUAAAACAUAGGCUUUUAGUAGUUGGAAGAGGAGUCUACUUUAGAACCUUAGGAAAGGAAAAAAUUCUGUUUAAAGAGCUAUUUUUAUAAAUAAAAGUUGUCUCUAGCCAUCUUUAGGUUACUAGAUCCUAAGAGUUAGACAAAAAAAUCUUUUUUCUUUUUUUUCUUUCUUUGCUAGUGGGUGGUAGCAUUGAUUUUUCUUCUGUGCAUCGUGCCCAGUAGUAUUCAGUCACACUUCUCUGCAUCAAGUGGGAGCCAGCUGUCCUUCCUGUCUCAAGAAAUGGCUUUUCUUUAGUUUCCCGCAUGAUUUUUAGUGUUUCAGAAAUUGUUUUGUUUUCUUUUGGUAGCCUAGUUAUACACACAAUAUGUAAUUUAAUUAUUAGAACCAGAGAGUGUGUUUCCUGCAUUUGCUCAUAAAUACAGUUAUACUCUUUAGAUGUCUGGUUAUUGACCAAUACCUUAACAUACAAACAGUUGCUAAACAGGUAAAUAUAACUCAGUCCUUCAGAUUUAUUCCAUUUUAUGAAGCAAAAAGAAGCCCUUAGCAAUUUCUUUUUAUCAUCAAAAGAUUCUCAGUUAUAGAUAUGGUAGCUCUUCAUUGUUGGGUUGAUUUCAUAAAACCUUGACAAAUUUAUUGAUGUAAUAAAACUGUGUUUCAAAGGUUACUUGAAUGUUGCAAAAUUAGGCUUUUGUCAGAUUUUAACUUUCAGAGGAAAAGCUGAUUUAUAAAAUAAUGUAGAGUAUUUUUUAUUUGAAACUUGUCCUUUUCAAGAUGCAUUUUUGCUAUUAGUCUUGUGAAAGAAAAAUCUUUGUAAAAGGAGAAAAAACAUCAUGUUUUUCUUAGUUUUUACUAA